AUGCCGAAAGUGGUGUCUCGCUCCGUCGUUUGCUCGGACACCCGCGACCGCGAGGAAUACGACGACGGCGAGAAGCCCCUGCACGUCUAUUACUGCCUGUGCGGGCAGAUGGUGCUGGUUUUGGAUUGUCAACUCGAGAAGCUGCCCAUGAGACCACGCGACCGAGCCCGGGUGAUUGACGCUGCCAAACAUGCACACAAAUUCUGUAACACCGAGGAGGAGGAAAAUGUUUAUCUCCGCAGGCCAGAAGGCAUUGAACGACAAUACAGGAAAAAAUGUGGAAAGUGUGGGCUGCUUCUCUUUUACCAGCACCAGCAGAAGAAUGCCCCAGUGACGUUCAUUGUCGAUGGUGCUGUGGUCAAAUUUGGACAGGGCUUUGGAAAGACAAACAUUUACACCCAGAAGCAAGAGCCUCCCAAGAAGGUGAUGAUGACCAAACGGACCAAGGACAUGGGCAAGUUCAGCUCGGUCACCGUCUCGACCAUUGACGAAGAGGAGGAGGAGAUUGAAGCGAGAGAAAUUGCUGAUUCCUAUGCGCAGAAUGCCAAGGUGAUCGAGAAGCAGCUGGAACGGAAAGGCAUGAGCAAGAGGAGGCUGCAGGAGCUGGCUGAACUGGAAGCCAAGAAGGCCAAAAUGAAAGGAACACUAAUCGAUAACCAGUUCAAGUAAGAAACUCUGAGAGGUGGUAAUCG